AAAGACACCUCCACCAUGUCCCUUCUCACCCACCUGUUGGCGUGUCUGUUUGGGAUGGGCUCCUGGGUCUCCAUCAACGGCCUUUGGGUGGAGCUGCCCCUCAUUGUGCCCCAGAUCCCAGAGGGUUGGUACCUGCCCUCCUACCUCUCCGUCCUCAUCCAGAUGGCCAACGUCGGGCCUCUCUUCGUCACCCUGAUGCAUCGCUUCCGGCCCAGCGCCCUGAACGAAGUGGCUGUCGUCUACGUGAUCAUCGGCCUGGGCACCGUGGCGAGCUUCCUGAUGGGUUUCUUCUGGAAGGAGACCGUCGUGGUUGCGGGCGCUCCUCGCAGCGUAGCCCUCCUCGCCUUAACGUUCUUCCUCGCCGCUGUCGACUGCACUUCUUCCGUCACCUUCCUCCCCUUCAUGAUGCGUCUCAAAACUCAGUACCUGACCACGUACUACAUCGGGGAGGGCGUGAGCGGCCUGCUGCCUGCUUUAGUGGCUUUGAUCCAGGGAGUCGGAGUGGUCCACUGCAUAAACAACACCCAGUCUCUGAACCACACCCCGAACUCCUCCGACAGCUCCGUGACCUUUGACCUCCAGGCCCAGUAUCAGCCAGCCAACUUCUCCGCCGAGGUGUUUUUCUUCUUCCUCAGCGCCAUGAUGGUGGUGUGCCUGGUGGCGUUCCUGCUGCUGAACUACCACCCGUCGGUGGCCAGGGAGCAUCCCGGCGGUCGAUACAAAAACGGCGUGAGAGAGAAAUCUCAGAGAGACAGGAAGCCCAUGAUGGAUCCGUACAGACCCGCCGACCAGAAGCGCAGGAGCAGCUUCGGUACCGGCUCUUACAGCUGGACGCAGGUGUUGUAUAUCUUUGUGAUCCUGGCCUGGGUGAACGCUCUGACCAACGUGGUGCUUCCAUCGGUGCAGUCCUACUCCUGCCUGCCGUACGGGAACAACGCCUAUCACUUAUCAGCCACCAUGGCUGCUGUGGCAAACCCUCUUGCCUGCUUCAUCGCCAUGUUCUUCCCUAUAAGAUCUCUGCUGUUGAUGGGAGUUCUCACGGUGCUCGGCAGUGGACUUGGAGCUUAUAUAAUGGGCAUAGCAGUGCUGAGUCCAUGUCCACUGCUGGUUCAUGAAACUUCAGGUGGUGUCAUCAUUGUGCUGGCCUGGAUCCUGUUUGUCCUCACUCUGUCCUAUGUGAAGGUGAUCAUCGGGGUGAUCCUGCGUGACGAGGGCCACAGCGCUCUGGUGUGGUGUGGAGCUGUGGUGCAGCUGGGCUCUCUGCUGGGAGCUGUGACCAUGUUUCCAGUGGUCAGUGUGUACAGCUUCUUCUCAUCAGGAGACCCAUGCAACACCAGAUGUCCCUGAAUGAACGAGUCAGUAGGGAGAAGAGACUGGAGGCAGAUUCAAUAAAGACUCCACAGGUUUCACUUCCUUGUUUGAACCAAGAUAUUCAAUGGAGGAAGUCUAUUUUUCUUUUUCUUAUUUACUUUGAAGCAUCUAAAUUUAAACCUGUCAUUUGAGAGCUUCCACUUGUUACAAUAGAAGCAAGCCACAAAGACAGAGGUGCAUAAAGUUAUAGGCCAAUGUAGCUGGCCGUAGUUACGACCAUGUUGCCUCACCUGAAAUGAAACUUGACAUGAAAACUUUGCAUGUUGUGAAAAAUACUCCACUACUUAGUAAAAUUCCUGCAUUCAAAAAAAAUAAAUGUACUUAAAGGUGCUAAAUAUGGAAUUCAGAGCAUUUCUAUCGCCUCCGCACGGCUCUCAACAUGACGACGGCAGCGACAUUCUGAAAGCGCUAACAGUGCAAACAAUGUCCACAGUGCUGUCAGAGCUGGGCGCUAUACGCUUCUGCUACAUCACUGUCAGUCAGGACGGCGUUAUCAGCUGUAACCGCCGUAUGAGAGCAGUGCAGAGCGGCAGCCGUGAGCUAGCCAGUGGGGCAGCUAACAUGCACUAAAAGCACUUGCAGCCGGCCCGGCUAUGUCAACAAA